AUGUUCACCGCACAGGGCCUCUUCGGGAACACUGCCUGUCCAAAGGCCGCGACGUGUGACAUCCCCGCCUGCUUCUUCAAGCAUCCAGUGGAGCAUACAUUCGCGACAGCAGAGAGAGCGGCGAAGAAGAGACGCGUUGAGGGGGAAGAAGACGAUGAGAAGGCCAAGGACGUUCUUGCGGAGGAAACGCCGGUAAAGAAGCAGAAGGUGGAGGACGAAGAUACUGGCUCGUUACUAAGAAAGAAGAAGCUGCCAACCCCGCCGCCUGUUCUCACUACGCCAAUCGAGCCAGAGGCGCCUCCAACUGUUCAAGUCGAAGAGGAAACGACCAAGGAGGCCACACCCGUUCCAAACCCCGGACCAGUCCAACCUGUUCGGCCAGCGUCACCCACACCAACUGCUCCAGCUCCGCCCGCGGCAGAUAAACCACCUCCAACACUGGCAAAGCCAGCACUGGCUUCGGAAGCCAAGGGCAAGACAACAGCAAAAGCAACUCCUCUUGAACCCGCCAUCAAUAUCAGUGGCCCUAUCAUCCCGGUUACAUUUCCUGCAUGCUCGGUCCCGAACAUUACUCGUCAACCUCUACUUGCAAUACUCGAGAAGGAGUAUCUGAGCUACUACGGGGUCAUCAGUGGCGAUGAGUUAAAGUAUCGGGCCAGAAAAGCAGCAUUGAAGCGCGAAGAAGAGAUUGUCAACAAGCAUACGAAAUUGACGUACAAGAAUGCGAUGAAGAACGCGAUUAUCGAGGUCAAGAAACGUCCGCGGAUUACUCUCGAAGACCUUGAGAAUGAGGGCAAGGAGGUGAAACAAAAGAUCAAGGGCCUGGGCGCGGUUAUGGAGGUUCUCGAAACGUUCGUCAUGACUGACAAGGCGAAGCUGGCAGAAUGGGACUAUAUCAUCGACAUUCCAACACCAGAAGAAAAUGCUCCACGCAACGAAGAAGGAUGCGAGCGUGUCUGUGAUAGGUGUGGCAAACGCUGGAUUGUGAAAGGAGAUCUCGACGACGAAGACAAAUCUGCCUGUCAGUACCACUACGGCAAACCCUACUGGCGCACACAAAAUGGUGCCAAGCAGCAAGUAUACUCGUGCUGCACCUUACCAAUGGGUGAGAAGGGCUGCACACGUGGAUGUCAUGUUUUCAAGCUAUCAUACCCACCCCGCCUGCAAGUUCAGCAGCCUUUCCUCAAUGUACCGGCGCAUGAUCCAGCGUCUGCCGAAGGCAAACUACCGGUCGUCUCUUUCGAUUGUGAGAUGUCAUACACUACAGCAGGAUUAGAGCUUACGCGUAUCACUGCCCUCGAUCACGAAGGCACCCUCCUUUUCGACGAACUUAUUCGCCCGCCAAACCCCGUCCUGGAUUUGAACACUCGUUUCUCUGGUGUGUCAUCCCUCGAAUCCGCUACCUGCACCCUCCAAGACGUCCGCACCCGUCUCCUCAACCUCAUCGACUCCAAAACAAUCCUCCUGGGCCACGGUCUCGAAAACGACUUGACCGCACUUCGCAUCAUUCACAACCGUGUGAUUGAUACCGCGAUCCUAUACCCACAUCCACGAGGCAGACCGAUCAGGAACAGUUUAAAGUACCUGGCGGAGAGGUAUUUGUGCAGGCAGAUCCAGAAGGGGGAUGGGAAUGCGGGUCAUGACUCGAGGGAGGAUGCGGAGGUGCCGCUGGAAUUGGUGAGGGUGAAGGCGGAGGAGGAAAUGAGGAGGAGGAGCUUGGCGAAGAAAUGAAUAAGCAUACGGAGGGGAGUGACGUUAUGGGAAGGCGUUGAAUGGCAUCGUUAGAGGACGGACUGCAUAUGUUCAUGGUACCCACUGGUGAGCCAUAAAGGCGACAUUACCUACCCAAUACAACUG